AUGACGCACGCGGGGCGUUUGUCGCCUGUAAUAUGCCCGCUAGCAAAGCUGGGACGGUCGUCUCCCGGUUCUCUGGAGUUUACACCCUCGGUUCGGAACUUACCGUUCCACCACCCGUACACGGUGCUAGAAGCCGAGACUAGCUUCACGUACAGCCCGACGUUACGGUGCAGCUCGCCGUGUUUGGACCAAGGUUACCACACGCUAGUGACCGGCGGCGGUGUCGGCGAUUGCUCCAAUCUGCCACUGCACUCUACAGCCACCAAGCACCGGCGGUCGCAGUCGCGGACGGUCAUCGGUUCGAACUUUGAUCGGCUCCGAGAUGAGCUGGUGCUCAAGGUAUUCUCGUACCUCAACAGCGCGGACCUUUGCGCGUGCGCGGCCGUGUGCCACAGAUGGGAGAACCUUGCGUGGGAGCCCGUCUUGUGGCGGACGAUCGCUCUGUGCGGCGAGAACACCUGCGGCGACAAGGCGGUCAGGUGCGUGUUGCGCCGCCUGUGCGGCCGCACCAGGACCGGUGCGUGUCCCGAGGUGCAGAGGCUGUUCCUCAGCGACGGCACCAAGAUUUCCGACAAGGGACUGACGGCGUUGGCCAGGCGGUGUCCCGAGCUCACACACGUCCAGCUCCAUGGCAGUCCGAACAUCACCAACGCGGCCAUAUCAGAGUUGGUCGCCCGCUGCCCCAACCUACAGCACCUGGACGUCACCGGUUGUGUUAAGGUGAGCACCGUUGGGGUGUACAGCCGUCCGGAGCCGUCCCUGAGACUGUGCCUGCAGUAUUUGGACUUGACUGACUGCCAGCUUGUCGACGAUGCAAACCUAUGUGUGAUCGUUAGUAAUUGUCCACAACUAGCCUACUUGUACCUGCGGCGAUGUACUAAAGUCACAGACGCCGGUAUCAAGUUCGUGCCGAGCUUCUGUUCGGCGCUGAAGGAGCUGAGCGUGUCGGACUGCCAUCAGGUGACCGAUUUCGGGCUGUACGAGCUGGCCAAACUGGGCGCGCUGCUGCGGUACCUGUCGGUGGCCAAGUGCGAUCAGGUGAGCGACGCGGGGCUGAAGGUGAUCGCGCGACGGUGCUACAAGCUGCGGUACCUGAACGUGCGCGGCUGCGAGGCGGUCAGCGACGACGCCAUCACGGUGCUAGCGCGGUCGUGUGCCCGGCUCCGCGCGCUUGACAUCGGCAAGUGCGACGUGAGCGACGCUGGCCUCCGGGCGCUGGCCGAGAGCUGUCCGAACCUGAAGAAGCUCAGCCUCCGCAACUGUGACCUGGUCACCGACCGCGGCAUACAGCUGAUCGCGUACUACUGCCGCGGGCUGCAGCAGCUCAACAUACAAGACUGUCAGAUAUCCGCGGACGGAUACAAGGCUGUGAAGAAGUACUGCAAGCGGUGCAUCAUCGAGCACACUAACCCCGGUUUCUUCUGA